CUGUUAAACUUUUUGCGCACUUUUGUUUUGAGCUUUUUGUCAAGUCUAGUUCUAAUUUUCAGAUUAUGGUUAUGAUUUCAGAUAUAUUUUAAAUAAUUUUCUAUUGAUGAAUGUUGUUAAUUAGUGAACAGUUUGUUACAAAUACUAAAUUAACGAUGUAUUGACAGAAAUAACCAAAACAUAACCUCAAAAACUUACCAAAACAAACACAGAAAUGGCAGCAAAAUUCGACGCUGCGGCUUAUAAUUUUCGAAAAAAGUGCCCCUACGUGAGCAAAGAUCUUCUCCGAUGGUUCCCGGGGCACAUGAACAAAGGUCUAAAACAAAUGCAAAGGAAAUUGAAGUCGGUUGAUUGUGUAAUCGAAGUACAUGACGCUAGGAUACCCUUUACCGGGCGAAAUCCUAUAUUUACUAGCACGCUAACAGGUGCAAAGCCUCAUGUUCUAGUGCUCAAUAAACAGGAUUUGACCGUAAGGUCGCUAAUACCAAAAAUAAAAGACCAGUUGAAAAGUGAAGAAGGUGUUCAGAAUGUAGUGUUCACAAAUUGUAAGGACCAGCACUGUCGAGGUUUGAAAACCUUGCGACCUCUUAUGAUAGAUAUUAUUAAGGGUUCUAACAGAUACAAUCGCAGUGAAGAACUAGACUAUAAUGUAAUGAUCAUUGGAGUGCCGAAUGUUGGUAAAUCCUCGCUCAUUAACAUGCUGAGGAGUAGAAAUAUGAACAUAAAGCAUGCCCUACCCGUGGGAGCCGUUGCAGGGGUAACCCGCAGCCUGAUGACCAAGAUCAGGAUAAACAGUGAUCCAAAGAUAUUCAUGUUUGAUACACCAGGCAUCCUAGAACCCUCAGUUACCAACAUUGAGAUGGGUCUGAAGUUAGCUCUAUGCGCCUCGCUGCAGGAUCAUUUAGUGGGCGAGGAGAUAAUCGCAGACUACCUGCUGUACUGGCUCAACAGCCACGGCAACUUCAAGUAUGUGGAGUACAUGGGCCUUACAGAGCCCUGCGAUGAUAUUAAUAAGGUACUGAUAUCAGGCGCCUUGAAAUUCAACCGGGUGAGACGGACCCGGGACUUCGACGGACGCGUCCGGGACGUGCCGGACAUCACCGAGGUCGCCCGGACAAUGAUCCGCGCGUUCCGGGUAGGCGAGCUCGGGAAGACACUACUCGAUAUAGACCUUUUGAAGAGGGACCGUGAAAAAGUCCAAGAGGUUUUGGCAUAAUAACGCAGUUUUUGGAAAGAGUUUGGGAGAAUUUAGAGUGCUCAUCUCUAGCAGAAUUGUUAGGAUGUGGACAUAGGGGAAAUUUCUGCAGAAAUACAGUCGGUUGGUCUCGAAACGUGUGUUAAUUUUUUUUAGAUGACAUAGCCCCUGACUGUAAUCUCACUUUAACGAUCUAAUAUAAAAGCGUUCUUGCUGACUUGGCAAAGAAAUGGUAGUUUUCAAUCAACCAACCAGAAAUAUUAAAUAGUUAUAAAACAAUCUCAAAUCAUUUCUUUCAUGUGAAGAAACACAAUAUUUAAAAUCGAGUUACAUACAGAAUAUCGAUGUUAUAAGCCAUUACAUCGAUUUCUCGGUUUGCAUCACGGAGGCAACCGAUCGUAACCGAUAUUCGAGAUGUAUUAGGAAAGGAAAGUAAAACAAUAGCAUUGUCAGUAGCUGGUCGUCAAGUUACAAACAAUG